AUGGCGGCCUCCAGUGAAGACGAAUCCAGCGACCUCUUCAAGUGGCUAGACAAAGUUUGGCACGACAUUCUCCUUCAAUCAGAUGAUGAAGUUGCAGUCAGCUCGUUUGAGAGCUAUAUUGCCAAGGAUGUGAGGGUCAAAAUCAAUCACGACUCCAUCACUCGAGAAGCAUUCUUUAGCUAUGUCACGAGCACGCGGGCUACUCACACCAUGACGCAGCUCAGCAAGAAGGAGAUUAAAGUGUGGGAAGCUCCUGGAGGAGGUGGUUGCGUUGUAGAUGAAGCGGUGGUAGUCUUCAAGCACAAGGAGACGGGAGAAAGCUACACUGGCACUGUUGUGAUGGUCUCGGAUGUACGCGUGGGAGAGGAUGGCAAACUGACGAUUGUGGAAACGACAGAGGUAGUCACACGCAGUUGA